UGGGGCGCUGGUGUGCUCCUGGAAGGGAAGAAGGGCAGGAGCAGCCACGCUGCCUUUCUCUUCCCAGGAUCCUUGUGGUCGGUGGUCAGGACCCAGAAACAGAAAGAUGCCUAAAAAGAAGACAGGUGCUCGCAAGAAGGCUGAGAAUCGUAAAGAACGUGAGAAACAGAUUAGAGCUUCAAAGGGCAAUAUUGAUCUGGCUAAACAUCCCUGCAAUGCUUCAAUGGAAUGUGACAAAUGCCAAAGACGACAGAAGAAUAGAGCAUUUUGCUAUUUUUGUAGUUCUGUUCAAAAAUUGCCCCUCUGUGCGCAAUGUGGUAAAACAAAGUGUAUGAUGAAAUCAUCAGACUGUGUCAUAAAACAUGCUGGUGUGUACAGCACUGGACUUGCCAUGGUGGGGGCAAUAUGUGAUUUCUGUGAAGCUUGGGUUUGCCAUGGCAGGAAAUGCCUCAGUACUCAUGCUUGUAUCUGUCCUCUUGCUGAUGCAGAAUGCAUUGAGUGUGAGAGAGGGGUCUGGGACCAUGGAGGGAGAAUAUUCAGCUGCUCUUUUUGCCACAAUUUCCUUUGUGAAGACGAUCAGUUUGAACAUCAGGCCAGCUGCCAGGUUCUGGAAGCCGAGACCUUUAAAUGUGUUUCCUGUAAUCGACUUGGGCAGCAUUCAUGCCUCCGCUGUAAGGCUUGUUUCUGUGAUGACCACACACGGAGCAAGGUUUUCAAACAGGAAAAGGGAAAGGAGCCUCCUUGCCCAAAGUGUGGGCAUGAAACACAGCAGACCAAGGACUUGAGCAUGUCAACACGCUCUCUGAGGUUUGGCCGUCAGACAGGAGGUGAAGAGACUGAUGGAGCUUCUGGCUAUGACGCCUAUUGGAAGAAUAUUUCAGCCAGCAAAGAUGUUGGUACAGGUGAUCAUGAGGAGGAAUAUGAUGAAUGUGAAGCCGAGGAUGAUGAUGAAGAAGAUGAUAAUGAGGAAGGAGGGAAGGAUUCAGAAACAGAAGUGACCGAUGUGUUCAGUAACUUGAAUUUGGGAAGGACAUAUGCCAGUGGCUAUGCACAUUAUGAGGAGCCGGAUGACUAAGGUCUUGCUCUUAAGCACCAUGGACAGGAAAUAACUCCCCGGAAUGUAAUAGCACAGCUUCUAGAUAAACAUGCUCAGUGUCUGGUUGCCAGCUGUGCUUAUGAUGGGAUAACAUUUGAGAAGAACUCUGUUUGUGUUUUAGUGAAUUGUAUGUAUGGCACUGGAAUAACUCUAUUAGGCUUUCAAAUAGCAAAGCUUAUUAGGAAUCAAAGGGAAUGAAGCAAUUGUAGGAGAUCAAGAAAAUAUUUCUAUGGCUAAUAUAUUUUAGUAGGCUUGGAGAGAAAAAUGAAAAUCAGUACAGAAAUCUUAAUAAUUCUCCCCAGAGUUGGAAAAAUUUAUUUUUUAUACUACAAGUCCCAGGAUCCACAAGCCUGCAUUGUCAAUGGCUGAGGAAUUCUGAAAGUUGUAGUCCAAAAAUAACAUUUCCAAGACCUGGUUCUCUUCACAGCAUAAUUCAUAAAUGUGAGAAGGCUAAGGCGUUUUUGUUUCUAUAAUUUCAUCAAAAACAACAUUAUUCUUCUUAAGUAAUUUUGAUGGAGUGGUUCUAUUAUUAUGAUGUUAUAAAUUAUAAGUAUUUGUGGUGAUGAGCAGCUACUGUUUCAUUUGUAUAUACUGUAUGUGUGUGUGUGCAUGCAUGCACAUACACAUAUAUACAUAUAUAUCUAUAACAGGCUGACUCCUGUUAAAACUGUAUUUCCCCCCAUAAAUAUAGAUCCUGCCUGAACACUUGGAAAAUGUAUGCUACAGGCCAUUGUUCUCAAAAUUAAAGUUACUUUGACAUUUUGUGUAAGUAAAGCUGAUCAAUUUUUUCUCUUGUGUUGCUCUCCUGGAGCACUAUCAGUUCAUGCCAUUUUGAAGCACCGUACCUUAAUUGUAACUUGCAAUGUGAUGUAAAUAAAUUUUUAUCUUACAUUAAUCGCCAUAAAAAUAUCACUGCAUUCUCCUUCACCAAAUAAAGUCCAUCACACUCUUUCA